AUGAAUGCCGCGUUCGCCGACAUCGCUAAGGCUGGCGCAACUGUUGUUCGCACUUGGGGUUUCAACGAGGUUACUAGCCCCAACGGAAUCUACUAUCAAAGCUGGUCCGGAAGCACACCGACAGUCAACACAGGAUCCACGGGUCUAGCAAAUUUUGAUAAUGUGGUCGCUGCUGCUAAGGCUAACGGACUUCGUCUCAUAGUUGCACUCACAAACAACUGGUCUGACUACGGUGGAAUGGAUGUCUAUGUUAAACAGAUUCUCAAUUCUCCCAACCAUGAUCUUUUCUACACCGACUCGACUGUCAAGACAGCUUACAAGAAUUACAUCAAAGCUUUCGUCGGCCGCUACUUGAACGAGCCUACCAUUAUGGCAUGGGAGCUUGCAAAUGAGCCCAGAUGUAAAGGAAGCACCGGCACUUCCACUGGAACAUGUACCACUGUUACGGUUACAAACUGGAUCAAGGAAAUUUCGGCGUAUAUUAAAUCGAUUGAUACCAACCAUCUCGUCGCUGUCGGCGAUGAAGGUUUUUACAACCAGCCCAGUGCCCCCACGUAUCCUUACCAGGGAAGCGAGGGUGUAGACUUCGACGCCAACCUUUCUGUCAGCAGUAUUGACUUCGGUACCUUCCACUCGUACCCGACAAGUUGGGGACAAGGCGGAAAUGAACAGGCGUGGGGAACCCAAUGGAUUGCCGACCACCAAACCUCGCAAGCAAAAGCUAACAAGCCAGUUAUCCUUGAGGAGUUCGGUGUAACAAGUAACCAGCCAACCAUUUACCAAGCUUGGUACAAUGAAGUUAUUUCGUCUGGAUUAACUGGUGAUCUCAUUUGGCAAGCGGGAUCCCACCUCUCAACUGGUGAUACACCAAACGAUGGAUACGCUGUGUACCCCGAUGGGGCAGUAUAUCCCAUUAUGCAAUCUCAUGCCACCGCGUUGAAGAGUCGUGGAUAA